AUGGUUGUCAUCUCUGAUUCAAGACUCCAUUCUCCUAUGUAUUUUUUCCUGGGAAACCUGUCAUGUCUAGAUAUCUGCUACUCCACGGUGACUCUGCCAAAGAUGCUGGAGAACUUUCUGUCAACACACAAAGCAAUUUCUUUCUCAGAAUGCAUAAGCCAGCUUCAUUUCCUCCACUUUCUGGGUAGUACAGAGGCCAUGCUGGUGCCCGUGAUGGCCUUUGACCACUUUGUGUCUAUCUGCAAACCACUUCAUUACACUCUUAUCAUGAGUCAUCAGGUCUGUACCCAGAUGGCUGUCACUAUCUGGAUCAUUGGGUUUUUCCAUGCCCUGCUGCACUCAGUAAUGACAUCUCCCUUAAACUUCUGUGGUUCCAACCACAGCCAUCACUUCUUCUGUGAUGUUAAGCCAUUGCUCAAGCUGGCCUGUGGGAACACUGAGUUCAACCAGUGGCUGCUCAAUAAUGUCACGGGGACUUUUGCCAUGGGCUCAUUCUUUCUAACCCUUCUCUCCUAUUUCUACAUUAUUAUUUAUCUUUUCUUCAAGACCCAUUCUUGUAGCCUGCUUCAUAAAGCACUGUCCACUUGUGCCUCUCACUUCAUGGUAGUUGUUCUUUUAUUUGGGCCUGUUUUUUUCAUUCACAUUCAUCGUGCCUCGGGUAGCACCAUGGACCGGGAAUGA